AAACGAACUUCCGUCCGCCAUGUUGAAGUGAUACAGCGAGAUUCAGGGCAGACAGUUUCAGUUUGAUCGCAGUCAUGUUUUCUACACAGUUUUACGGGGAAAAUGGAAAGAUGAAGGAGUAUCACUAUACAGGACCUGUGGAGCAUAAAUUCUCUCCUUAUGCUUUUAAUGGAGGAACUGUGCUGGCGGUUGCUGGUGAGGACUUUGCAAUUGUAGCUUCAGAUACACGUUUAAGUGAGGGCUAUUCAAUUCACUGCCGAGACUCACCCAAAUGCUACAAACUGACAAACAACACAGUGAUUGGAUGCAGUGGAUUCCAUGGAGACUGUUUGACCCUGACCAAAAUCAUUGAUGCAAGGCUCAAGAUGUACAAGCAUGCAAACAACAAGUCCAUGACGAGUGGAGCUAUUGCAGCCAUGCUGUCAACAAUUCUGUACAGCAAGCGGUUUUUCCCAUAUUAUGUUUACAACAUAAUUGGCGGCCUUGAUGAGGAAGGGAAAGGUGCAGUCUACAGCUUUGAUCCAGUUGGAUCGUACCAGAGGGACGCUUACAAAGCUGGUGGAUCAGCAAGCGCAAUGCUGCAGCCACUGCUUGAUAACCAGAUUGGAUUUAAGAACAUGGAGAACGUUGAGCACUUGCCACUAAAUCUGGAAAAGGCUCUGCAGCUGGUUAAAGACGUCUUCAUAUCAGCUGCGGAGAGAGACGUGUACACCGGAGAUGGACUUAAGAUCUGCAUUGUUACCAAGGAAGGAAUCAAAGAGGAAACACUUCCACUCAGGAAAGACUAAACAGAAUUUUCAGCCUUGUCAGACAAUGCUCUUAUUGUUUGCUUAAAAUUAAUAAGGUAAUUGCUCUAAAACUGUGCUCUUUUGUUCUUUUUCUAAAACCUGCCAAUAAAAAAAAUAUUGAUUGAUUUAAGCAAAA